AUGGAUUGGGCAGUCGGACCUAAUUAUUAUUUACUGCGAGCUGUUCAAAUACACGGAAAGGAUUGGGAUAUUGUCUGCAGCUCUUUGAAAGCUCUUUCUAAAACGUUUCUGAAGAAGGAAAAUCUACAGGGCCUCUCGAAACAGAGUUGUUCACUACAAUACAACUACAUCAUAGCCUCCACCCGUCAAAAAAACCCUGGUGACCUCACCGAGAAUCAGCUGCUGACUAUUGCGCUUGAUCGCUACACCACAUUGCGGCGUGAGCAGCUACAUGCCGUUAGGUUAGAGAUUUUAAGAACUUUAAAGAUUGCAGAAGAAGAUGCAGAGAAGUUGCGACAGGCCGAGUACUCUGAAAUUCCCUCGGACCGACUGAUAAUUUACAGGAAGAGAUGUCGUACGCUUGGGAUACCUGAUAAAAUAGGUCAAUGUCUGAAUCUGGGGCCUCUUUCUCCUGUUCCUGAGAAGGAGAAUAAGGUAUCCGAGGGGUUCCCUGCUUCACCAAAACGUCCAAAAACAGAAAUGGCUAAAGAAGUGGUGGACAAAGAUGGUGGUAUUUGGCUUCCUGUAAGGUCAUCGUGUAUUUCCGAUUUGUUCAAGGAAAACCAAUUAGAUGACCACCAUGAUCGCACUACGAAAUUCGUGCGAGAACAAAGUGUCAUUUCCCAACGACUUGGUUUGGAAGGACGAAAUGAUGACAUAUCAAGUCUGGAUACAACAUCAUCGGUUCAAACUCAUUCAGAAGUUGCAAGUAUUCAUAAUCAAGAAGUCAGAACCGAAGACCCACCACGACCAUGUGAACCUCUUACACAUUUUGACCAUGGUUCUAGUGAAACCGAGUUACAAGGAGGUCCCUCCAAGUGUUUAGAGGUCCACGCUGAACCAAUCACACCUAAUAGUCCGACAAUAGUAAGUGAUUCUGAAACACUGGCUUCUCCACAUUUUACUCAAAGUCUUAAUUCAAGUCCUUCACUAAGCAACAUCGAAGUACAGUCCCCAUAUUUGAAAAAUGCCAAUCGUAACCGAAAGCGUUCACCAACAAAACGGAAAGACCUACCUACAAGUGCUUCAACUACUACUGCUCCACUCGUGUGUGAAAAUCAAGAACCAGAAUUCACUUCAGCUCUCAGUCCAGCAGUAUCAACUAACUUGGCUAACGAAGAAUGUACAGAUACAAUCCAGUCGAUACAUACUAUUGUCCGCCGGUGGCGCCGAUCUCUAUUAUCAGCACUCUCCACAGUAUGCAGUCAUCGUCAUGCUUAUGUGUUCAUGCAUCCUGUAACUGAAGAUAUCGCUCCAGGAUAUAAUACGGUUGUUUAUGAACCAGUGGACUUAACUUCUAUUCGGCGCCGCAUGGAGUCAUCACUCAGUUGUUUGAUUGGUGCUCAACUGUGUACAGCUUCAAAUUUACCUGUUUCGUUUUUUCAAGUUAUUAUAGAUGUUGCAAAACAUUUCAUACGAGAUCUUUUGUUGAUGAUUGCGAAUGCAAGAAUGUACAACAGCCAAAACCAUGAAGUCCAUCGAAUGGCUGGGGAAAUGUACCAUGAUAUGAUUAGUGAACUUCAACUUCCCUGGUCAGUCAUGGCUGAAAACAUUCCAGGCUUCCCAAGUCUUCCUGAUAUCACCUCAGAUCUCAAAAAGCCACCUAGAACAGUAGUACAUCAGACGCCGAGUUCAGCAGACGCUAGUCCUUCUUAUUCUGCUUCAGUCGUCCUCAAGGAAGAGGAAUCAGGCGGCAGCAAGCAGUGCACUGUUCCAAAUGCCAAACAACUUGAACAUCCUACUCCUGAGGUUGCUUCUCCAACCAGUUCUGUGUCACGUGAUGAAUACCGUCAGUCGUCAGGAAAUGAUUCUGCAGACGGUAGUGUAACAACAAGAAACCAGUAG